CCAGCCAUGACUGUGGAACGAAUCGACACGUUCUAUGACCUCGACAGCAUCUACAGCACCAUCGAGCGGAUGCUGCUGCUCAUACGCCAACUGUCCGGUGUGGCUCGGCUGGGCGAAAACGGUCGUUCCCUUUCCUUCGAACUUCAGUGGAUCAACGAAAUCGAUGAACGAAAGUACCAGAUCGAAGAGCUGCGCAGCUCGGUACAGUACCUAUUCGCCCAGUUUCGCAAGAUCUAUCUCGUCAACAAGGAUCUGUACGCACAGCUUAACAAGCGCGGUGGCCGUGUGUUUGAGCUGGACAAACAGAUCGAAGCACAGGGCGACAGCAAGUACCUGUACUUUCUAACCGAUGCGAUCAAGUACGAACCGGCACUGCUCGCUAUGCAACGUGUGCUCGAUCGUACAAUGCGUGAAAUUCGUAUCUUCCGCAACCAGCGCAAUCAGCACAAGCUGGAGCUAUGUAUCGGGCACAUACGGUGCGAGAACUAUGAUAAGGUGUACGAUGAGUACUGUUCGUUUGAGAAUGGAUUACAGCAGUUGCCGCUUAUAAUUGAGGCUGUCUUCGAGCGAGACAUGAAGAACUUGCUCAAGGUACUGCUGUUCCUUACUGGUUACCGGAAGCUCAACAAAGCUAACUCUUCCGAAACGUUCGUGACCGGGUGCGAGUACCUGCUGCAGCAGAUACAACAAUCGAACGAACUGUUGGAACAUCCACUUGGCCUGCUGCUGUAUGGGUUUGUGAUCGAGGCGCUUCAGGAGUACCCGGAACUGUCAGCAGCUUCAAGGAUGGAAGAUAUCUACCGCGAACGGUUAGAGUUGGUACGCGCGGAGCUAAUCGACUGCAUCCAGCGAACGGUGCGACUCAUCCAAACAACGCCCCAGGUAACGGUAUCACUAGCGAAACUGUUCCACCACAUAGCGGAGGAGAUCCUGAUCGAGCUGCUUAAGCGAGCUUAUGAAGGGAAUGUCCAAAACCUCCAGAACAUUCUCCAGUUUGUGGCACACUUGUCUUGUAUCGAUCAUGACAUUAUUAGCUAUCGUGUGCUGUACGCCCAGAUGGAGCAUUACGAUCAUCUGUUUCAGCCGGAAAUAUUCCUCCUUGCUUAUCGCAUCAAACAGACCAUGCUGGGGUCGGGCUUUCCCACUGCUAGUCUUCGUGGAGAUCUGGAACGUCUUAAAGCUAGUCUUCCUCCAAUUGUGGUGACGAUCCUGUGGAAUACAGUAACCAUUUCCCGCCACGAAUCUCGCAUCUUGCUCAAAUUCAGUUCCAUCGGAAAGGAUGUCGGAUUUUCGCGCUAUAUCGCCGACAAGAACCGUGUGGAGUUUGAACCCCUGGAAGAGGGAAGUUGUUUCCGAAUUCGAGCCUGUGCCAUCAACGGCUUUCUUGGUGAAAGUGGGACCGGAUUACCAAUCGUCGCGUCCAAAUCGGAAAGCCUUUCGAAUGCAAAGUUUCGCUGGAGGCUGUUGCCGGUUGCUGGUUGUGAGUACUUUCGAGUGCAGAAUUACGCCAGUGGAGCGCUACUAUACUCACAGAUACCGUGCGACGAGUCAGAGUACGAUUUCUACAACAGUAAGGAGGUGUUGCAGCUAACAGGGAGUGAACGUUCACUGACCGCGCAGAACAGCUACUGGAAGUUAAUGGAAUAUUCUCGACGAUCGCGCAGUGGUAGCGGCAGCCCGAGUGAAGGAGAAUGUCGCAUUUUGUGAGCGUGCGGAGAAAACUGCGUUUCGAGUCCAUUUGUUUGGCCAUAAGUCGGCUAAUGACACGCGUGGUCGGCCGGCUAAGUGCUAACGAUUCCCACACAUUGCGCACACCGAAACCAGAUGCAGCUG